GCAUCAUCCCAGAGGACUGCCCCCACUGAAACAAGCACACGUCAACACGUGAACGGCACGAGCGGGACGCACCUCCUCAAGACUUGCUGAAUCUUUUUUAUUUAUGUUUUUACUGGGAAUGGACUACACAGCCAAGAUGGAGAUUAACAUGAGCCAGCAGCAGCUGAUGCCGCCUGCCUGCUUCUUCUCCUCCGCGCAGAGCGUCCCUCUGAGCCCGAGCGGCAGCAGCAGCAGCAGCAGCGGGAAGUCAGGCUCCAAGCAGCCCAAGAGGCAGCGCUCAUCCUCCCCGGAGCUGCUGCGGUGCAAGCGAAGACUGAACUUCGCGGGGUUUGGCUACAGUCUGCCGCCGCAGCAGCCGCACGCAGUGGCACGGAGGAACGAGAGGGAACGUAACCGGGUGAAGCUGGUCAACAACGGGUUCGCUACUCUGCGCGAGCACGUCCCCAACGGAGCCGCCAACAAGAAGAUGAGCAAAGUGGAGACGCUGCGCUCAGCAGUGGAGUACAUCCGGGCACUGCAGCAGCUGCUGGACGAACACGACGCGGUGAGCGCAGCCUUUCAGUCCGGCGUCCUGUCGCCCGCCAUGUCGCAGGGAUACACCGCUGACAUGAACUCUAUGGCAGGUUCACCGGUGUCCUCGUACUCAUCGGACGAGGGCUCAUACGACGCCCUCAGUCCGGAGGAGCAGGAGCUGCUGGACUUCACCAACUGGUUCUGAGCAUCUAUAAUAGAUGUAUAGAUCUACUCACUUUACUGUGGAGGUGCGCUUGGGAUGGUCCCGGAGGAGGCAGGCUGUCCUCAUGAACAAGACGCACUGUAAAAGUGUUUUCGUCCCGGGUUACCCCAGGCUCUCCCAGACAAACACGGCCUUAAAGUCCUAAAAACUCUGUGGAAAUCAGGCCGGAGAUCAGCGCCAAAGGAUUAAAGGAAGACGGGUCUCCUGACAGCGUGGGAAUCCAAGCUUCUGUGCCCAUGAUAAACAAAAAAGUGAAAUCAUGCUCUUCACAUUAAAGACAUUAUUUAAUACGUGGCUCUUUAACUAUGCUAAAUCCAAUCACAGAAUUCCAACCCUUUGGUAAACCUCGCAGACGUUUCAAUUCAGAAAAUGCUUCCAAGUCGAGGAUUUAUUCUAUAAAUGUCUAUAUCAAACGCUUUUUUGAAAUAUAUUAAGAUAUUUUUGUAUGUAAGAGAUUUAUAGAUGUUUUGUACACAUCCUUUUGUAUAUAUUUUGUCUAUAUAUUACGAAGUUGAUUCUAUACCUCCUGCCUAUAGACGUGUAGUCUAUUAUUCUCUGGCUCUUCUGUUCAUGAGGUUUCCAGAAGGAGUUUGACACUCCGAAGUUUUAUUCUAGCACCAAUGUGUCUUAUUUAAUAGCAAAACCAUGUUAUUGCAUUAUGUUAUGAAGUUCACAAUGAUCAAAACGUAUGCAGCUAUUGUCCAAACCGAGCGCGAUGGCCAUGCAUUGUCUCUUUACACUGCCAGCUCUUUAUUGUUUUCACAUAAACUGAUGUUGGAAAAGUCUUAUAAGCAUAUUUUCUA